AUGGAGUUUCGAAGGCAACAGCACCGCUGCAUUGUCAAAGUGUUUCUGGCUGUUACGAUUUCGGUGUUGGUCAUCGUCAUAGUUGUUGUGACCAGUCUGCUACUCCAUCAACUGAGGACUCCAACCACCUCAAAUUCAACUCCUCAAGCAGAAGAUCAUGACCUACCGGAAGUAGCCGAAAUGCUACUUGGAAGCAUCGACAAUGAAUCACAGUUUCAGUGCAUAAACUUUUAUACAUAUGCUUGUGGAAAAUUCCUGGCAGCGGCUAAGGCUGGAGAAACCAAAGCCAGCAGCACCUUUGCAAUGCUAACGAAGGCCGUUAAUGAAAGGGUUAUCAAUGCGCUGAAUACUUUCGACGUUGGAAAUCCUCAGGCACUGGCUUCGCUGAAGGCAACCGUCCAGAUUUACAGGAGCUGUCUACAGACCAAUAAUAUUUCUUCAGACUUUGCGAAAAGCACCAUUAUGAAAAGAAUAAACACUCUAGGAGGAUGGCCGCUGAUGAAUAGCGAUUGGUCACCGCCUACUCCUCCGGAAACCAUAUACAGUAUGAUGGGAAAACUUGGUAAUCGCUACGGCGUGGCGUCGUUGUUCAACUGGACGGUGAACGUCGACUGGAAAAACGUCAGCCGAAAUGUUCUGUACCUGCAUCCUCCUCGCUUACCUCUUCAACAGAUUGCAGACAGCAGUUUGCAAACGUACAUGCUGCAACUAGCGAGGACUUUGGAUAAACACGUAGAUUGGAGGAACCACCAUCUUGAUCGUGACGUCAGAAGCUUCCUGAACAUUAUUAAGGAGAUGGCAGAACGGAUUGAAAACAGUUUUCAUGAAACAGCGAACUAUGACAAACUUUACAACGCAUUCAGUGUUGACGAAAUGAAAGCCCGAUGGCCAGCGAUUGGUUGGAAUGAUUUCAUCAGGGCGUUGUUUAACCUCUCGGACACGUAUGACCUUGGAGGCAUGAAAAUCAUCGUGACUUACCCGGAAACGAUUGAUGCACUUAAUACUUUCAUUGCGUAUUGGGAAGCGCACGACAAUCGAAGAUUUAACGUCAGCAUGGUUAAUUAUCUUGUGUUUCUCGCCAUUGAUAACCUCACGCCAUUUCUCACACCCAGCUUAUUGGGGCAUUCAGAAAUGGCCUGCUUAACCGACCUUAGAGAAGUGUUGGCUUUCACGAUCGGUCGCCUAUACGUUGGUCAUCAGUAUCCGCAACGGAACUUAAAGAUGGCACAGUAA